UCCCCGCAUUCUUAGCCAGGUGCAGUGCUAGGCGAGGCAGCUCCGGGAAAGCCAGGGGAGGGGGGAGCCAAGGCCAGAGGAGCCCAGGAAAGCCGAGGAGGCGAAGGUGAAGAGGGAGAGAAGGAGGAGCCUCCUGCCCUCGCCAGAAAAUUACCUAGCCACUUAAUCCCCGAGACUCUGGUACUUGGGCCCCAGUCUCCGGUGACCGCAGACUCCAGGCCGAACGCCGGUCUCUCCCUCCCACGCCCUUCCUGCCCUUCCGCCCCCCGGGGGGGCUGCCUGAGUUCUGAGACUGGCAUGAUCAGUUGAAAACUUUUCAGGGUCAGCUCUUCUCUCAGACUUCCCCUCAGGGGUGCCGAGGCGACGGGAGCGCAGUCCCGGCUCUGGACGGACAGACAGACCGCCAACCGCGCCCAGGCUCGCCCGCAGAGCCCCUGCUCUCCCCGCCCCCGCCCGCCCAGCCGGGACCAUGUCCAAACCGUCAGAUCACAUCAAGAGGCCCAUGAAUGCCUUCAUGGUAUGGUCCCGAGGCCAGCGGCGCAAGAUGGCCCAGGAAAACCCCAAGAUGCACAACUCGGAGAUCAGCAAACGCCUAGGCGCAGAAUGGAAGCUCCUGUCCGAGGCAGAGAAGCGGCCUUACAUCGACGAAGCCAAACGCCUUCGAGCCCAGCACAUGAAGGAGCACCCUGACUACAAGUACCGGCCACGGCGUAAGCCCAAGAACCUGCUCAAGAAGGACAGGUAUGUCUUCCCCCUGCCCUACCUGGGCGACACGGACCCGCUCAAGGCAGCCGGCCUGCCGGUGGGGGCCUCCGACGGCCUCCUGAGCGCGCCCGAGAAAGCCCGGGCCUUCUUGCCGCCGGCCUCGGCGCCUUACUCCCUGCUGGACCCUGCGCAGUUUAGCUCCAGUGCCAUCCAGAAGAUGGGUGAAGUGCCCCACACCUUGGCAACCAGCGCGCUGCCCUACGCGUCCACCCUGGGCUAUCAGAACGGCGCCUUCGGCAGCCUGAGCUGCCCCAGCCAGCACACGCACACGCAUCCAUCCCCCACCAACCCGGGCUACGUGGUGCCCUGUAACUGUACCGCCUGGUCUGCCUCCACCCUGCAGCCCCCUGUCGCCUACAUCCUCUUUCCAGGCAUGACCAAGACUGGCAUAGACCCUUAUUCGUCAGCCCACGCCACGGCCAUGUAACCCCCAGCUUGGCCCGGACCUGAAGGGUGGCCUGGAAGUGGAGGUCUGCACCCUGUCCUCUGAGCCUAGUCUGGCCUGCAGAUGUCUGGGGGUCAAUCCCGCCGCUGCUGGCCCUUCCCCACCCCAGACUCUGCCUCUCCCAGGGAGAAGGGAGGGGCCUCCCUCCUGGACCCAAAGCAUAGACGUGUGCCAGAAACUUGCAGACCUUAAAACAGCUGCACAGCUGCCCUUAUCCCGACUUUCCCAAAGCAAGUCUCUGAUGACUCUACCCCCUUUGGACAAAAAGUAGGCAGUUUUGCUUUGUUUACUCCCACCUCACUCUCCUCCGAUAGGCUUUGGACUCGGACCUCCCAGACCCUGGUACUAUAUCUAGAAUAUGCAUAUUUUUCUUUUCCCACUAAAAGAGUUAGCUGUGUCUCUGUGCUGUGCCAUCAGAUACAGCUAAUAUUUGCUCUUCAUGUGUGGAAGGGAAGGAUUAAAAGUUUAAAACUUCAGAAAGUGAGACGUUUCUAUUUCAAACCAUGCUGUGGUAGUGUUUGCUUCUUUAAAAAGAAAACAAAAAAGACCCACUUGGCGAUUUACUUUGUGUAAAGCAGUACUCCUAGAGACCUAAGUUUACUUUUAGACUGAAUGUCGGGUGAUGAAGUCAGGAAGUAGAGAGUGAACAAAAGCUUAAAAUAAUAAUUAAAAGAUACAUCCUAAAUGGUCAUAAAUGUUUUGACAAUGUCUUGGAAAUGUACCUUAGAAGGAUUUUACCUCGGUUCCUCUGUUCAUUUGUUGAACAAAGACGUUUUGAAUAAAGACAAUCUGUCAUU